CACACACACAUCCAACAGCAAUGGCGACCACCAUCACCAGGCUCUUGCACCACCUGGCGCUCUUACUCCUCGUUGUCCAGUUCGCCGACGCAGUUUUCGUCCCAAAGACCAAGAACUACGCUGUGCUGAAGCCUCAGUCAUGGGGCACCACCUACAUAGUCCAUGCCAACUUCCUCGCCAAGCCGCCCCACUUCGGCUCCCUGAAGGAGUGGUACCGUUCCAUGGUGACCACCCACGCCUCUUCCACUCGGGCGGCGAGCUCCAGCAGCAUCCUGUACACCUACGACACCGUCAUGCACGGCUUCGCGGUCCAGCUUACUGGCGACGAGGCCCGGCUCAUGUCCAGCGCGCCCGGCGUGAUCGGCGUGUACGAGGACAGGGUGCUCUACCCUCAGACCACGAGGUCGCCGGGGUUCAUGGGCCUCGAACCCGGCAACGGCGCCUGGAAGCAGACCGACUUCGGUGACGGCGUCAUCAUCGGUUUCAUCGACGGCGGCAUAUGGCCCGAGAGCGCGAGCUUCAACGACAGCGGGCUCGGCCCCGUCCGGUCGGGGUGGCGGGGCAAGUGCGUCGACGCCCACGGCUUCGACGCCAACUUGUGCAACAACAAGCUGGUUGGAGCCAAGGCCUUCAGCGCUGCUGCGGACGCCGUGGCGGGUAGGAAGAGCCGUGGCGUCCCGUCCCCGAGGGACAAGGAUGGGCACGGCACACACGUGGCCUCUACGGCCGCCGGUGCUGAGGUCCGGAACGCCAGCCUCUACGCGUUCUCCCAGGGGACCGCUCGGGGAAUGGCGCCCAAGGCGAGGAUCGCCAUGUACAAGGCAUGCAGCGAGAAUGGCUGCAUGCAUGCGGACAUCGUAGCAGCGGUGGACGCUGCGGUGAAGGACGGCGUUGACAUCAUCUCCAUAUCCCUCGGACGAAGUUUUCCCAUAGCCUUCCACGAUGACGUCCUCGCGGUCGCCUUGUUUGGUGCAGAGCGCAAAGGCGUCUUCGUCGUCGUAGCCGGCGGCAAUGCCGGCCCGCAGGCAGCUAGGGUGGUCAACUCAGCGCCGUGGAUGACCACCGUAGGCGCCGCCACCGUGGACAGGCUGUUCCCGGCGCACCUCACGCUCGGGAACGGCGUCGUGCUCGCCGGCCAGUCCCUUUAUACCAUGCAUGCCAAGGGCACGCCCAUGAUCCCGUUAGUGUCCACGGACGGCAUCAAUUCGUGGACGCCCGACACGGUCAUGGGGAAAAUCGUGGUGUGCAUGUUCGGAGCAAGCGACGCGGAUGGCAUCUUGUUGCAGAAUGCUGGUGGAGCAGGGAUAGUUGAUGUGGAUUCUUACGAGUGGUCUCGUGAUGGUUCCGCGCUUUAUUCCUUCACCCUUCCGGGUCUCACGCUCAGCUACACCGCCGGCGAGAAGCUCAGGGCGUACAUGGUCUCGGUGCCCUAUCCGGUGGCGUCCUUGAGCUUCGGCUGUGAGACGGUCAUCAGCCGCAAGAAUCGGGCGCCGGUGGUGGCGGGAUUCUCGUCGCGUGGCCCCAAUCCUGCCGCACCCGAGCUCCUCAAGCCCGAUGUCGUCGCGCCGGGAGUGAACAUUCUUGCGGCCUGGUCAGGCGACGCACCACUAGCGGGGGUCUUCGUUCCCGAUGGGAGGAGAGCGAACUACAACAUCAUAUCGGGGACUUCCAUGGCGUGCCCGCACGUCGCUGGCAUCGCGGCACUGAUCAAGAAGAAGCACCCAAGCUGGACGCCGGCCAUGGUACGGUCGGCGCUGAUGACGACCGCCGGGACGGUCGACAACAGAGGCGGACACAUCCUCGACAACGGUCACACGGACACCCUUGGCCGCACCGACAACGUCAGGGUCGCGACGCCGCUGGUGGCCGGUGCCGGGCACGUCCACCCGGACCUCGCUCUGGACCCGGGCCUCGUCUACGACGCCGGCGAGCGCGACUAUGUCGACUUCCUGUGCGCCCUGAACUACACCGCGGAACAGAUGCGGCGGUUCGUUCCGGACUUCGUCAAGUGCACGGGAACGCUCGCCGGCGGCCCCGCCGGCCUGAACUACCCGUCAUUCGUCGUGGCCUUCGACAGCCGCACCGACGUCGUCCGCACACUGACGCGGACCGUGACCAAAGUGUCCGAGGAGGCGGAGGUGUACACCGCGACUGUCGUCGCGCCGGAGCACGUGAAGGUGACUGUCACGCCGACGACCUUGGAGUUCAAGGAGCAUAUGGAGACGAGGAGCUACUCGGUGGAGUUCAGAAAUGAAGCCGGAUGGCACCGAGAGGCAGGGUGGGACUUCGGGCAGAUCAUCUGGGCGAACGGGAAGCAUAAAGUCAGGAGCCCGGUGGCGUUCCAGUGGAAGAACUGACGACUUCUAGUAGUAUUGGAGUAGAAGAUGCACAAGAAUAAGCAAUAUGUUGAGCUGCCGUGCUUAAAUCUGUCAGAUGUUGUCAUGCAGAUGAGUUCAUUGGUUAGGGGAAGGGAAAUCAGUAAUUCCGAUUCUCGGACAGCAAUCGUGUACUAUCACUGUCAUCAUUGGCCGCGAGCUGUUUUUUCAUGGGCUCAGGGCGUGGCUAUCUCGAAUAGCUCUCGUAAAAGAAUCGUAAUAGUAAUUUAUUUAUCUCUUGAUUCAUCUU